AUGGGUGUGUUUAAUUUAGUGUUUCAUCAUGGGGGAAGUUUCGUGCAAGACGGCCAUACGUAUUAUAGAGGAGGUAGUGAGACUACUGUUGAAUGUCAGGACGAAGAUAAAUGGAGCUUUUUUGAAGCUGUUAGUCUGGUUAAAGAUUGGGGUUAUGAAGGUUUUAGGCUAUGGAGAAAGAUUCUGCAAACGGAUGAAGGGUUUACAAAUGUUGUUGAUGAUGCAGGAGCUGUAGAAGUUGCUAAGCAUUGUAUGUCUUGUAGAGUUCACGGCGAUCUUUGGGUAGAGCACGGUGUAGAAGACAUGAUGACCAAGGUUCUGGUACCUAAUGUUGAUGACUUCAGCACCUCUAGUGGAGAUGAUAGUUCUGGUAACUAUGUUGAUGCAAGCCAAUGUUUCAAUGACAGUGAAGAGGAAAGAGUAAUUGAAGUAGAAGAAGAGCAAUUUGAACGAGUGGAGGUAGCUGUUCCAGUUAGUGGGAAUAGGGUGGAGAUCGAAGGGAAAUCAUUUAGAUUCAAGCGUUGUGCAUCCAAGGAUCCCAAAAAGAUGAAAGAAAAGAGCAAAAGGGACAAGGUCAGUGUUUUGGUGCCCAAAAGUGUCUUAGGAUCUUGUUCAAAGAGGGCUACAAGGAUAUGUGAAGAUGUGGAUUAUGCUAGUGAGGAACUUGAAAGUUCAGAUGCUGAUGAAAGUGACAUGGAUGACAAACCUUCCAAGCCAAAGUAUGAGAAGUUCAGAUCAGAGUUGCUUAACAAAGACUUUCAAUUCAAAUUAGGUAUGGAGUUCAUUUCUCUUUCUGAAUUUAAAGAUGCUAUCAGGGAUUGGUCAGUAUUAAAUGGUAGAGAAAUAACGUUUGUUAAGAAUGAGAGCUAUAGGGUUAGGGUUGAGUGUAAGAGUAAAUGUGGGUUUUUGGCAUUGUGUAGCAAAGUGGGAGGUAGCCUCGCUUACCAGCUAAAGACUUGGGUGGGGACCCACACAUGUGCAAGGGUAUUAAAUAACAAGUCUGCCAAUUCCAAGUGGGUCUCUAAGUUAGUGGUUGAAAAGAGGAAGUCACAAGGGAAAGUUAAAUUGUCUGAAAUUAUGUCUGAGCUUAGACAGAAAUAUUCAGUGGGCAUUACCAAAGGGAAAGCUUGGAGAGCCAAAGCUAUGGCUGAAGAAAUAAUUGAAGGUGAUGCAAAGGAGCAGUAUAACAUGUUAUGGAGAUAUGCAGCUGAGUUGAGAAAACAUUGUGCUGGGAACACUGUCAAACUAAAUACUGAGAGACCACAUCCAACACUACCACUAAGAUUUGGUAGAUUUUACUUCUGUUUUGAUGGAUGCAAGAAAGGGUUUACCAAGGGUUGUAGACCAUUUAUAGGGGUAGAUGGGUGUCAUCUUAAGACACAAUAUGGAGGUCAAUUGUUAAUUGUUGUAGCAAGGGACCCGAAUGACCAAUAUUAUCCUUUGGCAUUUGGUGUGGUGGAGACUAAGACAAAAGAAAGCUGGAGAUGGUUUAUGCAAUUUCUAAUGGAAGACAUUGGAGAAGAGAGAAAGUAUGUUUUUAUUUCAGACCAACAAAAGGGACUUGUUAGUGGCUUUGAGGAAAUGCAUCAGCAAGUUGAAUACAGGGUCUGCCUCAGACACCUGUAUGCAAAUUUCAAGAAGAAAUUUGGAGGGGGAGUUGCCAUUAGAGACCUGUUAUUGGGGGCUGCAAAGGCUACUUACUUCCAGGCUUGGGAAAAGAAGAUGAAUCAGCUUAAACAAAUUGAUAAGAAGGCAUGGGAAUGGCUGAUGGGAGUGCCAACAAAACUAUGGUGUAAGCAUUCAUUUUCAUUUUACCCUAAGUGUGAUGUUUUGAUGAAUAACUUGAGUGAAUCUUUCAAUAGUACAAUAUUACAAGCUAGGGAUAAGCCAAUACUCACUAUGGUAGAAUGGAUUAGGAACAACAUGAUGAAUAGGAUUGCUAAUAGUGUUGUUAAGCUUGAUAAGUGGAAGCACAAUGUCAUGCCUAAUCCUAGGAAAAGGCUUGAUAAGGAAACAUAUCUUAGUGGAGAAUGGCUGCCUACAUGGAGCAGUGGUGAUUUGUGGCAAGUCCAUCACCCAUAUAAUGGAUUGCAGUUUGUUGUUGAUAUUGGGAAAAAAACCUGUACUUGUUGUUUUUGGGAUCUUGUGGGCAUACCAUGUAGGCAUGUUGUUUCUGCACUACAGUAUCAAAACUUAGAUCCUGAGAAAUAUGUUGACCCUUGUUACAUGAGAGAAGCUUACAGGGCAUGUUAUGAAAACAAUGUUAGUCCAAUAAGAACAGAUUUCCAAAAUAUCAGAACAGAUUUCCAAAAUAUUCCAAAACAGAAUUGCUUAAGAACAGAUUUCCAAAAUAUCAGAACAGAUAACCAAAACUCAUGA